AUGGCCCUGGUGCUGCUCAUUGCUGUGCCCCUUCUACUGCUGCAGGCUGCACCCCCAAGUUCAGGGCACUACGAGAUGAUGGGAACUUGCCGCAUGAUAUGUGACCCCUACAGCGGGGGACCCGGGGGAGGGCCCGGGAGUCCAGGCGGCAAAUCGGUCCCAGGUCCCAGCACAGCUGCCCUGGAAGUCAUGCAGGACCUCAGCGCCAAUCCUCCUCCACCGUUCAUCCAGGGACCCAAAGGAGAGCCUGGCCGGCCGGGGAAACCAGGACCCCGAGGUCCCCAGGGAGAGCCAGGACCCCCUGGACCAAGAGGGCCCCCGGGAGAGAAAGGAGACUCAGGAAAACCCGGGAUGCCCGGGUUGCAGCUGGCGGCGGGCGGGGCAGGCGGGGGCAGCGUCGGGGCCAUUGGUAGUGGAGGAGUAGGAGGCGGCGGGGACGUCGGAGAGGUGACCGGGGCGCUGAGUGCAGCGUUCAGUGGCCCCAAGAUAGCUUUCUACGUGGGUUUGAAGAGCCCCCAUGAGGGCUAUGAAGUACUGAAAUUCGACGACGUGGUCACCAACCUGGGCAACCAUUACGACCCAACUACGGGCAAGUUCAGCUGCCAAGUGCGAGGGAUCUACUUCUUCACCUACCACAUCCUCAUGAGAGGCGGGGAUGGUACCAGCAUGUGGGCAGACCUCUGCAAGAACGGGCAGGUCCGUGCCAGCGCCAUCGCCCAAGACGCCGACCAGAACUACGACUAUGCUAGCAACAGCGUGGUGCUGCACCUGGACUCCGGGGACGAGGUCUACGUGAAGCUGGACGGGGGGAAAGCCCACGGUGGUAACAACAAUAAGUACAGCACUUUCUCUGGCUUUCUUUUAUACCCCGAUUAG